UUAAGAUCUGGAACCCGGACCAAAAACUGUAUGAGCUGCUAGAACAACCGUUAGCUACGGCGUUUAGAGAACCCAAUUGUGUGGAUGUUUGUUGGCCGGAACCUGUGGUGAUCAUGAAAAUGGAAAUUAAAGUGGAUUAUCCCGGGAUGGCAUGCGAGUUCCAUCUUAGCGGUGGUAGAAACUUACGAGGUGGGCCGGCUGUGUUUAUGCCCAACCCCGACAGCGAAUUCAAUAUUGAGAAAGAUACCACUGAUCAAAAUACAGUGUACUUUGUCGGAGAGCCGCCGGAGAAUCACCCAGAACUUGCAGCUAAGCUGAGGGACGGGAACCGUUUCAACAGCUGUAUCGAAGCACCCGAAGAUUACGAGAUGGCAAUACAGUUCAAAGAAGCGUACCUGUUGGAGCGUAUAGUGAUCACAACUAUUGAUUCGCCCAUACCAUUUAGCAUGAUGGUGACGUGCUACAGUCUCAGUGAAGAGGAGGUGGUCAAGCAAAGCGUUAAUUACAAGGACAUACGAGUCUUCUAUUUAAAUAUCAACAAGAAAGUCAAGCAUUGUAAAAUUAAAUCAACGAAAGGGCCUUUGAAACUUUGUGAAGUUGAUGUUUUCGGAGGUUAG